UGCGGCGUUGAGGGACCAAUGGCCGAAUUCACAAUAAGAGUAUAUAAGAACAGAGACUACAAUGCGGUCCGGAUAUUGUUUACCGAGGGGAUGCUGGAACACAUUCCAGCCACCUGUGCCUACAUGUUGAAGCUCUCCCGGGCCCAGUUUAUCCUUUUCAUUUCCUUCAUCAGCCUCCUUUUGGUCUCCAGGUCCUACCUGCUUUCAUUAUUCAGCUUGGCUGUUGUGUUCAUGGCCGCUCGCCGUCAACUGACCAAAGAGUACCACCAGUAUGUAGACAGGUGUCAACGUGAAGACUUGCUGGACAUUGAGGAGUCCUACAUGGCCAGCAACAACUCCUGCUUCUGGGUGGCAGAGUCCAACGGCCGAGUUGUUGGGAUGGUCGCGGUGCAAUCGGUACCUCAUUCUAGCGAAGCGAUGGUGCUCAGACGUCUGUCGGUGGCCAAAGACCAGAGGCACAAGGGCAUCGCCAAAGCCCUGUGCACGAAAGUCAUUGACUUUGCUCGUCAACGAGGGUACAAAAUGUUGACAUUGGAGACAUCGAUGAUACAACUCGCGGCUCAUAAAUUAUAUGAAACACUGGGAUUUGAGAAGACCGACGACAAGGUCAUCCCGUCCCUCCUCGGAAGAUUUGCAAACUUCUCCAUCCUGACUUACGAAUAUAAAAUCAAAGAUGAAUAGGCAGACAGGGACAGAUAGGGGGACGGUCUGUC